GCCUUGGGCACUUCCUGUUUAAAAACUAAGGUCGUGAGGGACGUGAGGACUUGUGUCUGGGAAGGCAUUUUAUAUCUUAACAAUGAAAAUCAGAACAGCCGAACAUAUAUUUGAUGAACCCUGGGAACUGGUUGUUCGUGCUCAGUUUCGGAAGUAUCCUAACAAGUUGAAUCAGGCUGUGGAGGGUAUCGAUGUGGUAGAUCGUACUGUGGACCAAGCUGGCGUUCUCCGCAGUCACCGCCUCCUUACCACACGGUGGGGACUACCUGGCUGGGCCACAAAGAUUAUCGGGUCAGAUGGACUGGGCUAUGGCAGCGAGCACUCAGAGGUGAACCCACAAGCCAAAUCCAUGGAGAUGAAAACCAGAAAUGUACUGAAUAUUUUCUUGUGUUUUAAGUUGUUUCAUUCAUCAUUAUUUUGUGACAGGGAUAUCGGGGGAAGUGGGCACAUGUUUUUCCAAUCGAGCUAAAAACAAACACCAUUCAAAUCCUGUGUUGAAGGGGCACUAGCAGCUUCUUAGUUUGUAUUAAUUUGUAUAAAAUGUGCUCGCUCACAACCAAUUCCAUGUUAGAACUUUAUGCCCCUUUUGAAGAAGAUGAAACUUCAUCUGUAUGAUUUAGCCGAAUAAGAAUCUACGUGUAGGUUACCCUAGACAAGUAGAUAACUCGUAUUGUUUUGGGGUCAGUAGGUCAAAGUUCAUGCUGUCAAAAUUUCUUCGCACAAUUGAUUAAGAAAGGAUUGACCAAAAAAACUACGUAAUUCCACUGGUUGGUAGCCCUUGACCGGUAGCUAAUAUCAAUUGUGUGCAGUUCUUCUAAGGUCAACAUCGAAAAAAUUAUAUUUGUUAAAAGGGCAUCUUCGCAGGGUCUGAAAAAAGAUUCAGUUGUUGGUCAUGAAAUAUUUUACAUAGGUUUCCCCUUACCCAUUAUGAUUUACCUUGUUUUCAGUUUUCUGAAACUUUUUGCAUGAGUUUACAAUUGUUUGUUUUCUUAAAACAUCUUUGUGGGCUUUUUAGUAUAGUUUUUGAAGAGGUACAUUGUUCUUACAAUUUAUGGGAAUUUUAAUUACUUGUAUUACUACACUGGGACAAAGACCUCCCCAAAACGGAAAGUGACUGACCAAAGAGGUUAAUUUGGUUCAUUUCAAUGCUUAUCUUUUAGAAGUUUAAAAAUAUGUGCUUGUUUACUUGUUGGUAAAUUUCGUCUUUGGAAAUUAGGGCAUAGACUAAUUUUACAGAAGGUGAAAAAGCCCUGCCUUUACAGUCAUCUAAAUGAGACUUCUGGAUGAACAAUCCUGAAUUCUUAUACUAUCGUUGGCAUCAAAUUGGUUACCAAGCCCUGCUAUAUAAAAUUCAGAAUAAGAGCAAGCCUGGAAGACAUUUUACCAGUGCAGGGCUUGUGGGCUUGUGCUAAUUUCGACCACUGCCUAUGCAUCUGGCAAAGUCCUCAGAGGCCAUAAUGUUGUGAGAAUGCUCUCUUUUUUAACUUGCUUUUCUGUAUAAUAUAAUUUGUAAAUGUAAGAAAGUGGUAAAGAGAUUAUCUUUGUAAAACUACCCAAACUUACAUGCAGUCGUACCCAAUGAAUGUAAAGUGGCCAUUGGUUUUUAAAUGGAGGGGUACUCAUCUCAUUUCCCUGUCUCUGUGUCAGUCUGUACACGUUUCACUAUCUGUAUGUGUCUCUUUAGAAAUGUUCACUACUCUGCAAAUGGAUAAUGCACAUGUGAAUGAUUAAUAAUGAGCUAUGAAAAGGGGUUUUGCAUGUCCCCUGACUAGCAUGGUAGAGGAAUAGGGAUCAUGUUGUCUGGAAUUGUCAUCUGCAUCAUUGCUGUCUUGCUUUCCAAUCUUAAAGACUUAUUUCUGACCUUUUUUUUCUGUCUGGAAAACUUCA